AUGGGCAAGACCUGCUUGGUGGGUGUCAUUGACACCAGAAUCAGGGACCACCCCAACCUCAAGGACAAGGUGGUCAUCCACAGGGACUACGUUGGCAACAACAUUGUUGAUCACACCAAGUGGAACCCCCACAGCAUGCAUAAUGCUGUAGACAAUGGUGUACUGGUAGUUGCUGUGGUGGGCAACAAAGGUGACUGCAACCUGGCCACUGAGGAGCUGGCGCUGUCCAAAUCUCCACCAGCACUGAUGACCUGA